GUUCAGAGCCGUGCUCCCCUGACCGGCCGGGAGAAGGGCGGCGCGUUGGGAGGCCCCAGCCCGGGGGGGACAGUUGUGGACCAGUCCAGUGGCAAGAUCAUGGCAGCACGAACUGGUCAGGGGGCCUUGAAGAGGGUGGUCUCGGGCUACCGCCCGAAGUCGACGGCGGCGCUUGGAGGUCCGGCCCCGACACGAGGCCCCUCGAAGAGCGUCAGACAUCUGGCUUCCUGUGGUAUUUUGAUGACCAAAGUGCCUCCAUUACACAUUUCACUUGUGCCUAAGGAGAUCUCUACAAGAACUUUCUUCAAAAUUGCUGCCCCAUUAAUAAACAAAAGAAAAGAAUAUUCAGAGAGGAGAAUUAUAGGAUAUUCUAUGCAAGAAAUGUAUGAUGUAGUAUCUGGUAUGGAAGACUACAAGCAUUUUGUUCCUUGGUGCAAAAAAUCAGAUAUAAUAUCAAAGAGAUCUGGAUAUUGCAAAACAAGAUUAGAAAUUGGGUUUCCACCUGUGUUGGAGCGAUACACAUCUAUGGUAACCUUGGUGAAACCACACUUGGUCAAGGCAUCUUGCACAGAUGGGAAACUUUUUAAUCACUUAGAAACAGUUUGGCGUUUCAGCCCUGGCCUUCCUGGAUAUCCAAGGACUUGUACGGUGGAUUUUUCUAUUUCUUUUGAGUUUCGUUCACUUCUACACUCUCAGCUUGCCACACUAUUUUUUGAUGAAGUUGUGAAGCAGAUGGUAGCUGCCUUUGAAAGAAGAGCAUCCAAACUAUAUGGUCCAGAAACUAGUAUACCUCGGGAAUUGAUGCUACAUGAAGUUCAUCACACAUAAAUGAAAAAAGAACUGGUGCUGUCUGCUUAUAAUUAUGAUUUUAAUCUAGUUCACUUUUAAAAGUGCUUUCAUCACUGUGCUUUCAAAAGACAGGAAGUAGUUGUUAAACCUAGCUUAGUGUGUAAAAAUGACACCAUUGAAAAUGUGCACACAAAAUAUGCAACCACAUGUGCAUAGAAUUAUUUGCUUCAAUCAAGUGCAAUUCAGGGUAAUUUGUACAUUAGCAUGUUGUGUACUUAUAAUAAUGAGAUGUGGUUAUUAUUGUUAGAAUACUGGUAUCACUUUUCCCAGCACAAUUUCAAAUUUGUAAAUCAAAAAAGCAAUUGUAAUUACUACUUUACCUGAAAUAUUAGUUGUAUUUCUGCUCUGUGUAAUAUAUUCACGGUAUAUCAAGUUUAAGUUAUUAAAUCCAAAAUAUUUGUAACUUAUUAUUAUAGGGCCUACCUUGAUGGCCUGGGGUGUUUGAUAAUCAUCAGUGCAUCAUUACGGUAAAAACUUUGUGACCUGACAAUAUUGCUUAUGAGGGUAUGAAGCAUACUUUUAUAUAUUUUCAUAGUGAUCUUAUUAGCCUGAUUUUUAUUUUUUAUUUUUUGGUCAGUGGUCCAGAGCUUUAAGAUACUUUCCCAGUAGUUUGUACCCUUCCCCAGGUACCUACUUGGCUGCUCUUUCAACACUGUUGAGGGCCAAAUUGCAUCUACUACAGUUGACAACAGGUUCAGAUGGUUUGGUUGACAUUUCUGGCAGAUUGCAUCCCCGUAUUUUUAUUUAUAGAGUGCAUCCACUUUCAAUAAUGUAUUUUAAACUUUAACUGAUAUUUUUUUAAACAAAACAAUGUGAGCACUGAAGAGGUAACUUAAUAAAGUUAAAGCAGUUUGUUUA